AUGGAAAAUAGCCAAGAAUCUUGUCCACAAGGGGACAGCGAGUUUGUUUCUCACGAGGUAGCUUUUCAGAUAGAAGAGGAUGACGAUGCUGAGCUGCCCGGCAGCGGCCUGCCGAGGAUGGAGGUGAGGGCCGUGCCACAUCGCCACGGCGGGUCCGAGCGCCGCAGCGGCCAGGAGGCAGACCGUGGCUGCCCGCCCCCGCGCAAGUACAGUGAGGACGAGUACGGCAGCCUCUUCUCCCAGUACAGCAGUACCCUGUACGACGUGGCCAUGGAGGCCGUGACCCAGAGCGUCCUGGCCAGCAGAGGCAGCAUGAGCUCACGCAAGAAGUCCCCCGCCUGGAAACACUUCUUCAUCUCUCCCCGAGACAGCACCAAGGCCAUCUGCAUGUACUGCAUGAAGGAGUUCAGCCGGGGCAAGAACGAGAAGGACCUGAGCACCAGCUGUCUGAUGAGGCACGUGCGCAGGGCGCACCCCACGGUACUCAUCCCCAACAACAGCGGCGUGCCCACCGUGGCCGCCUUCCCCGCCCCUUCGCUGCUGCUGCCGCCUCAGGCCGCAGACGGGGGCGACCUGGGCCCCAUCCUCUCCCCCAUCAAGCUUGUCAAGAAAAUUGCAUCCAAGAUCCCGUCCCCAGAUCGGAUCACAGAGGAGUCAGUGUCUGUCCUGUCUUCUGAAGAAGUCUCCUCUGACAUGUCCAUUUCUGAGAAGUAUGGCAGGGAGGACGUCCUGGUGGGCUCGUCCCCAUAUCUGUCGAGUGUGCAGUGCGAUGAGGCCAUGGAAGCUGGUCCUGAGAAGGGUCGGGUCUCCCGGAGCUGCUUAGGCUCCCGUAGGAGGUCGGUGGUCUGGAAGCACUUCUACCUGUCGCCCCUGGACAGCUCCAAGGCCGUGUGCGUUGCCUGCAUGAGUUCGUUCUGGGGGGGCACGGACGGGGAGGUCGUCUUUAGCUGUUUUCUGCUUCGGCUGUUGUGGCGGGCCCGCCGCGUCGUGGUGUUGGAGGAUGAGGGGGGGUGGGCGUGCCUCCGGUCUCUUUCCGCCCCCCCCCCUGUUGUGCUGCCUGCUGUGUUGUGUUGUGGCGUUGCCUUCUGCUUUGUCUUCUCUUGUCCGGGGGUGGUGGGCGGCGAUCUCAGCUUCGUCUUCUCUUGUCCGGCUGGGUUGCGUGGCGCCGCCUCGCUUCAUUUCUGGGGCGGGUCCGGUCUGAUGGAGGAUGAGUCAGUGCUGUCCUCCGAGGAGGAGGCUGGCAGCGUCUCAGGUGUGUCUUCCCCCGAAAAGAAGGCUGGGCCGAGCCCUCAGGGCUUUGUGUGUGGCACGGUGUUCCAGCAAAAGAAGAAGGUCGUGAAGAGGCUCAAGUCGGAAGUGUGGCAUCAUUUCUCGCUGGCCCCCAUGGACAGUCUGAAGGUCGUGUGCCGGUACUGCAGCUGUGUCAUCAGCCUGGGCAAGAAGGGGGACGUUGGCACCAGCUGUUUGAUGUGGCACCUGUACCGGCGCCACCCCGACGUGGUUGGGAGCCAGCGAGCCUUCCUCGGGGCCAGCCUGGCCAGCUCACCCUACGCCACGCUGGCUUCUGCGGAAGGCUCCGGCAAGCUACCCGACGCGCCAGCCGUGGCCACGAAGGAGAAUCAGGGGACGUUUCCCGCCAGCAGCAAGAAGACCUCCAAACUGUGGAAUCACUUCUCCAUCUGCUCAGCCGACUCCACGAAGGUGGUGUGCUUGCACUGUGGGCGGACAAUCAGCAGGGGCAAGAAGCCCACCAACCUCGGGACCAGCUGCCUACUCAGGCACCUGCAGAGGUUCCACGGCAGCGUGCUGGGCGACACUGCCGAGGCCUCUGAGCCGCCCCGCACGCCAGCCUGCGAGGAGCCCAGCGACAAGUUCUGUGACUCGCACCCCGUUGCCAAAAAGAUAACAAGUCUCAUAGCUGAAAUGAUUGCACUUGACCUUCAGCCAUAUUCUUUCGUGGACAAUGUUGGCUUUAACAGGCUGCUGGAAUACUUGAAACCUCAGUACUCCGUGCCCACCGCAUCCUACUUCUCCAGGACGGCAAUCCCGGGCAUGUACGACAAUGUGAAGCAGCUAAUCCUGGCCCACCUCAAGGAGGCCGAGAGCGGCGUGGUGCACUUCACGUCCGGCAUCUGGAUGAGCAACCAGACACGCGAGUACCUGACCCUCACGGCCCACUGGGUCACCUUUACCUCGACGGUCCGGCCCCGUGCCAAAGACCACCACUGCUUCGCGCUCUUGGACGUGUCGCAGAUCGACUGUGACUACGGUGGCAACAGCAUUCAGAAGCAGCUGGAGUGCUGGUGGGAGGCCUGGGUGACCUCCAUCGGCCUGCAGGUGGGCAUCACGGUGACGGACAACCCCAGCAUCGGGAAGACCCUGAGCGAAGGUGAGCACCCCAGCGUGCAGUGCUUCAGCCACACAGUCAACCUCAUCGUCAACGAGGCCAUCAAGAGUCAGAGGAUGGUGCAGAACCUGCUGAGCAUUGCCCGGAAGAUCUGCGAGCGGGUGCACCGGUCGCCGAAGGCCAAAGAGAAGCUGGCGGAGCUGCAGCGGGAGCACAAGCUGCCCCCGCACCACCUGCUCCAGGACGUCCCCUCCAGAUGGAACACCUCCUUCCACAUGCUGGAGAGGCUCAUCGAGCAGAGGAGGGCCAUCAACGAGAUGGCCAUCGAGUGCAACUUCCGGGAGCUCAUCAGCUGCGACCAGUGGGAAGUCAUGCAGUCCGUGUGCCACGCGCUGAAGCCCUUCGACGCCGCCAGCCGCGAGAUGAGCACGCACGUGUCUGCCCUUAGCCAGGUGAUCCCCAUGAUCCACAUCCUCAACCGCAAGAUCGAGAUGCUGUCCCAGGAGACCAUGGGCAUCGACACCAUGCUCAGGUCCCUCAGGGAAGCCAUGGUCAGCCGCCUCUCCUCCACCCUCCACGACCCCAGGUACAUCUUCGCCACGCUGCUGGACCCCCGCUACAAGGCCUCCUUGUUCACUGAGGAGGAGGCUGAGCAGUACAAGCAGGACUUAAUCAGGGAGCUAGAAAUCCUGAAUUCUACCUCAGACGCCACCCCGGUGGCCAAUGGCCGUGGUGCAGGGUCCCCACCCAAGGAUUCUGCAGGAGAGGAGGACCUGUGGUCCCUUAUGGCCAAGAUGAAGAGGAAAGGUCUGCAGGAGAAGACCAAGUUACCCGAAGACAUGGUGCUUGCCUACCUGGAGGAGGAGGUGCUGGAACACAGCUGUGACCCAUUAGCCUACUGGAACCUGAAGAGGGCGUCCUGGCCAGCCCUGGCAGCCCUAGCUGUCCGCUUCCUGGGCUGCCCCCCAAGCAUCGUCGCUUCAGAAAAGCUCUUCAGCACACCCACUGAAGGUGGUGGCUUCAGCCAGUCCCGGCUCAUGAUGGAGCAUUUCGAGAAGCUCAUCUUUUUGAAAGUGAACCUUCCAUUAAUAUACUUCCAGUACUGA